CACCUAUCGAAGCUAAGCCUUACAUUUGUUCCUUACCUUAGCUACUGCCAGUAGCAACCUUCAAGUUCUCGGGAAACAUCGCUUUUCAAACUAGUCAACAAUGAUGCGCGCAGUGCGCCAGUGGCCGAAAUGGUCCAAGCAGGUAUCACUCAAGAUAACUAUUCACACUGAUAUAAGGGCAUUGUCCACUUGGGGAGAUACGCUCACCCUCCCGUUCACGUUAUAUGCGCUCUCUACUCUAUGAUGGCCACGACUUUGAAAAUGGAACUUCGAGAUAUCAUUCAGUACCGCAAUGCCUACUUUCUUGCAUUUUCAGCGACCACAGGAUACGUCUGCUUUGGUUGGGACAUUGGUCUCAUAGGUGGUGUGAUCGCACUGCCAUCAUUUCAACAAUAUUUUGGCCUGCAAUCGGAAUCAGCCUCUGCAAAGGCCAGCUUGAGUGCUAAUAUAGUUUCGGUCCUGCAAGCGGGCGGAUUCUUUGGGGCAUUAUUUUCGACUUACUUUGCAAACCGAUUUGGGAGAAAGCCGGCUUUAUUGGCUUCAGCAGUAAUAUAUCUCAUCGGAAGCACCAUCCAGUCGAUAGCUGGAGUUGGGACGUCGCCGGCUGUCGGGUUGAAAAUUUUGUAUUUCUCCCGUUUCCUUGGCGCUUUGGUGCCAACCUACGUAUCCGAAUGUGCCCCGAGAGCCAUACGCGGUCGAUGCACCGGUAGCAUCGAAGUUGCGGUGGGACUGGGAAAUAUGUUGGCUUACAAUUUUACUGAUCGAUUGUAUAUAGUUUGGGGACAAAUGCAAUGGCGGUUGCCCAUCAUCGCCCAGAUGGUACCUGGGGCACUCUUCCUGUUUUUUAUGCUUUUCCAACCCGAGUCUCCCCGUUGGCUUGUGGAACGCGGUCACUACGAUAAAGCAGCUGCAGUCCUCGCAUAUAUUGCGAGGAAAGACCAGGAUGAUGAUGCCGUCGCACUGACUCUUAGCGAGAUCCGCGCUGAUUUCAUCGGGAAGCAAAGACUACCGCUGCUCACACAAUUCCGCAAGAUGGGAGAAUCGAAAAUCAUAUUUCUGCGUUGCAUUAUCGGUUCUCUCGCCACCUUUUUACAGCAGUGGUCCGGUACGAAUGCAAUUAAUUACUAUGCUCCUGAAAUAUUUGCCGGCCUCGGUUUCUCAUCUACUUCUUCGACGCUAUUUGCUACUGGCAUAUACGGUGUCGUAAAAUUCGUCGUCGCGUGCACAACUCUUGCCUUUGUUAUCGAAAGUUGGGGUAGGAAGAGGACCCUGAUUUAUGGUGGUCUAGCGCAGGGCUUGAUGAUGCUAUGGAUUGGCGGGUACGCUGGUGCUCAUCCAGACCAGGGUGUUGUGCCAGGAACGUACGUUUCUAUUGUUGCCUUAUAUCUAUUCGGCGUUUUCUUCUGUUUAGGCUGGGGUUUUACUCCCCUUAUCCUCGGCUCUGAAGUUGCCCCAGGCCAUCUCCGUAUGGCUGCCAUGUCCCUCGCAUCUGCAACUACCUGGCUGUUCACCUACAUCAUCGCUCAAAUUACGCCCAUCAUGCUAGACCACAUUACCUAUGGGACCUUCCUCCUAUUCGGCGUUGCUUCAUUUAUAAUGGCAGCAUGGGUAUAUAUCUUCAUACCCGAGACGAGUGGGUAUCCACUGGAAGAUAUUAAAUAUCUAUUUGAGAAAGAUAUCAUUAUUCGUUCGCUGCAAGAUGCGCCUGGGGGCAAGAUCUUCCUUGGGAAGCGCCGUGCCGUCUCCGUGGAGGAGCUUAAAGCAGCCGAUACACUUUCGAUGAAUAGUCCCAAGGAGAUUUUGGAGGAGCGCUUGGAGGAUACAUCUGCGCAGGCUCAUUCCAUUCGGACGUCAAAUUCACGAAGGGGUGAUGAUCUUCUUAUCAUAUGAACGCAGUUUAUUGCGGCAAUUAAAGGGUAUAUUCCAUGUUUACCGCUACACGUUUGUA